AUGAGGCUACGAAAACAAACACAUCAGAGCAUCUGGCCGUCGCCCAGACCGCCGCCCAGUCUCCGAACAUGGCUUGCAAUAUCCUCCAUCCUCGCAAUCGCACUCUUCUCCUCGCCCGUUGAUGCCGCCCUGCCCACCGCGCCCGCCGACCGGCCGAAUAACCCGAGAUGCGCCCAGGCAUGCAUGGCCACCAUGCGGAUGGUCCAGUUCACCGAUGAGGACCCCUCAUUAGGGUUCCAGGGCCGGGUGUGUGGUGGCAGCAGGCUAAGGACCUCGUAUUAUCUGUGCAUGCGGACGUACUGCACGCCGAGCGAGGGGGACGAUGGUGCCGACGAGGUGAAGAAGACAUGCCGAGAGGUGCUGGCCGGUGAAGAGGUCCCUGGGAUGGAGAGCGUGGCCGGCUAUACAGACGAGGGGGUAGAGAACUUGCCCAAGUUUGGGAGGAUGGGGUUUGAGGGGGCAGACGGCAAGCUGGACAUGGUUGUGGUGCCUGACGCGACCUUCUUCGGGUUGUGGUUCGAUACGCUGGAGGCGUCACAUUAUAUCAACGGGAAUCACCAUGCGUAUGGCUGGGCCAUGGGGUUCUUCUGGGCCGGCGUUGUGGCCGUCGGGAUGAUCAAUAAAGCCAUCGGCCUAUGCAUGAGGUCCGACAGGUUCAGCAUGCCUGCUGAGUCGGCGCCGUGGCGCUUGGUGAAGCGGACCAUUGGACUCCCUGCAACCUUUGGCGUCCGGCAUGCACAGAGCUACGGCAUCUGGGCAACGGUGCCGCCGCGUAUCGAGUCCAUCACGAUUGCUCUCUUUGUGUUGCUAAAUAUCGUCCUCAGUGUGAUUGGUUAUACUUUCUUCCCUGGGAAUAUGUACUAUCCAAAUGUUAGAGAUCAGGUGCUGAGAUGGGUAGCCGACCGUACGGGAAUCAUCUCGUUUGCCAACUUCCCGCUAAUCUGGCUCUUCGGGAUGCGGAACAACCUCAUUCUCUGGCUCACGGGAUGGGACUUUGCGACCUUUAACAACUUCCAUCGAUGGGUCGCUCGUGUAGCGACCGUGCAGGCCAUCAUCCACUCGAUCCUUUACACUAUGCUCAUCUUUUACACUGGAGGAUGGCGAUACUUCCUUGCUUGGUGGACGCAAUUAUUUUGGUGGACUGGCGAAAUCGCCACUAUAGCCUUGAGUGCCCUGAUGGGUUUCUCAUUUUACUGGCUGCGUAGGAAGCAGUACGAGUUCUUCUUAUUCAUGCAUAUCGUUCUUUCCAUCGUAGUGCUGGUCACCAUGCUUGGUCAUGUAUCAAUCUUCGAAGGAGAAUACGACGCCCUGGUAUGGGUCCCAGUGAUCAUUUGGAUUCUCGAUCGCGUGAUGCGAACAGGCCGCAUCCUGGUCUUCAACGCCCGAUUCUGGAAUACCCGUGCCCAAGCCACGUUCAACGACGUCACCAAUAUGGUCCGCCUCGAGGUGCCAUGCUCUACGAGCGCCUACAAGGCGAAGCCAGGCACAUACUACUUUCUCAUGGUGCUGAAUAGCUAUCAGUUCUGGGAGAGCCACCCGUUCACCGUGGCGACGACGACAUCACACGACGGAGGCGAGAAGGACGACGACAACAUGGGAGAGGGGGCGCCGCUGCUCGAGAAUAGUGACGACGAGUCUCCCGACGCACCCAACACCCCAUCAGCUACCGGGACCAUGACGCCCAGUAUUUCAGCAUCGGGGGACACCAUGACGUUCCUCAUUAGACCGUACGACAGCUUCACGGCGCGACUACGGGAUGCUGCGGCAGCGGCAUGGCCCAAGCCCGCGACCGUUCGCGUGGCAGUUGAGGGCCCGUACGGACACACUCAGCCCCUCCAUCGGUUCGACCAUGUAUUGUUCAUCGUCGGCGGUAGCGGGGUAGUUGUGCCGCUUUCAUAUCUUCAUCGACUGAGGGAGGAGACGCCGCGACCGAAGACGGUGCACAUCCACUGGACGGUGAGGGAGCCGGCGCUGGCAGAGGAGGUGCUGCGUCGAGACUUUGCAGAGGCGCUCGGCGGGGAGGGAGACCAGCUGAGGCUGGACGUGUAUCUGACGUCGAGCGGCGCUAACGAGGUGCAGACGCUCAUGGGCGGCCGCUCGGCUGGCAGCAGUCGUCGCGCGGUCGCUGGAGGAGCUGAGGGGGAGGAGGCUGAAGACAAGGUGGUGCAGUACCAUCACGGCCGAGCCGAUGUGCGCAGGGUGAUGGUGGGGGAAUGCGAGAAUGCGACGGGCAGCAGCUUGGCCGUCAUUUCGUGUGGCCCGAGCGCGAUGCAGGACGGAGCCAGACAGGCGGUGGUCCAGGCCAUGGGCGUACCCGCUAACAGCUCGCUGCGGAUAGAGUACUUUGAGGAGAGCUUCACGUGGUGA